GAAUGGUGUCAAUGGCUCUGCUAGAUUUGGGCUUUGAUUCAUUUCUGCCGCCUUAGUUCCAUGGCCCUCUCUACCGGUUGCAUCUAUUUUCUUUAGCUGCAUACUAUUGUUGUAAUUUUUCGCCCAUUGUAUUGUAUCCUACCCCACAGAACAAAGAAAAGAAAAAGAGACAUGUGUGUCCUAUUUUCACAUUGAAACUCAUUGAUUCUGCUAGAACCAUCUCUGCCCUACACGCUUCCCACGUGUCAACCUCUCCUUUGUUAAAUAGAACCCAUCUUUCUUAUCCCAUUACCUCAGAGGAAAUAAAAUAUCUUGAAUCUUAGAGAAGAAGGAAAAGAGAAGAGAAGAUGACGACCGAGAAGAAAGAGAUGGAAGUGGUGAAAGGUCUAGACUUGGAGAGGUACAUGGGCCGUUGGUACGAGAUUGCUUCUUUCCCUUCCAGGUUCCAACCCAAGAACGGUGCAGACACUCGCGCCACCUACACCCUUAACCCCGACGGCACCGUCAAAGUCUUGAACGAGACGUGGGACGGAGGCAAGAGAGGUUUCAUCCAAGGCUCAGCUUUCAAAACCGAUCCUAAGAGCGAUGAGGCCAAGUUCAAAGUCAGGUUCUACGUUCCUCCUUUCCUUCCAAUCAUUCCCGUUACUGGUGAUUACUGGGUGUUGUACAUCGAUCCUGAGUACCAGCAUGCUGUCAUUGGCCAGCCUUCAAGGAGUUAUCUCUGGAUCCUGAGCAGGACGGCGCACGUGGAGGAAGAGACAUACAAGCAGCUGGUGGAGAAGGCGGUGGAGCAAGGGUAUGAUGUUAGCAAGCUUCACAAGACAGCUCAGAGUGACACACCACCCGAGUCCGACGCUGCUCCUGACGACACCAAGGGCAUUUGGUGGCUCAAAUCUAUCUUCGGCAAAUAGUUACCAGACACAUUAAAAGACUUGUUUCACCUCCUUUUACUUGCUCUGUCUGUGUAAUAUACUACACUACCCCUUUUGUUUACUCCAGUAAUGAACGUUCUACUUUUGUUUGUUUUA